AUGAGCCAAUCGUCUCAGAGUCAAGAUCCUUCCAGAAGUACUCCAGGCUCUGCGCUACAAGUCUGCCUAGAAAAUGAGGGCAUGCCUCUUGGAGAUGGCUUUACCAUCAUCAACCAUAUUAUCAAAUAUAAGACUCAAGGAUAUAUAACCGAUGUAAUCUGGCGACGCAAGAGGACCUCUUUAAUGCACGAAUACCUUCUAUUUUGUGUGGUUCUUCCACAUGGCGAAGAGCGCUCCUGGAUUAGACUCGAGCGCAUGGGAGACAUUGCUGGAUCCAAGAUGGCCGAAAGGAAACGUGCAGGCCUCAAAAUCAAUUUUGCCCCGUCAGAAAGCGCCCUUGGAUGCACAGACGAUAAGGAUAUCGCGCAAAUCAGCUUCGAGAGGGACACAAGUCUCUUGCGACCGCAAUACCCAACACUGAUAGAUCUCGCAAAUUUCGUUGUCAUUCUUCAUGAUGAGGUGCCGGAUUAUUCCCUCCUACAUCACAACUGUUGGUGGCUGGCACGAACUGUGUUCCGACUUUUGGUGUUGGAAUUCUUUCCAAGCGACACGCAAAAGAUGCCACUUUUGGCGACCUGUAGCAUGCGGCAUUUGAAGCAUAUCGAGGCCCCCUAUCACUCCCCAAAGCGUGGCCGACUUGUUCGAGGUGGCUUGCUUAUUGUUACAAUUCCAGUCUUUCCCAUUGCCUGGCCAAUCAUUAUAGGAGGGACUUUGUUCAUUGCCGGGCGCAGUCAUUACGUUUUGAGAACGACAGAGAACAAGGUGGAUUCUAGGGUCAAAGAAUACAUGGAGAAAAAGCCCUCGUUCCAGAAGCCUUGA